ACAUUCUAUGACCAAUUUUGGACGAGUGCGUGGUGGUAUACCUGGACGACAUCCUCAUCUACUCGUGCGACAUGAAGCAGCACGUCGAACACCUGCGACGCGUCUUCUAAAUUCUUUGACGAGACGGUUCUACGUCACACUGUCCAAGAGCGAAUUUUCCAUUGAAAAGGUCCAGUUCCUAGGACACAUGGUGAGCGCUCAAGGAGUUCACGUCGACCCCAAGAAAGUCGAAGCCGUAUACGUGGAAGACACCCGAGAACGUGAAGGAGUUGCAGCAGUUCCUAGGCUUCGCGAAUUAUUACAACAAGUUCGUGCCACAGUAUGUGAAACUCGCAGCACCACUCACGAAUCUGCUGAAGAAGAAACACGAACUACAAAUGGGAAACCAAAGCACAAAGAAGUCGUGGAGCAGCUGAAACAAGCACUCACGUCUGCACCGGUACUCAUCUUGCCAAAUCGAAGCUGACGCUAAGCGACCAGGCAA